AUGCUCCCCCGAACCUCUCGCGCUACCUCCUCUCUUCUCCGCACCCCAGCGGCCACUAUCGCUCUCACUCCGCUCUCCGCUAUCGUGGCCUCCGUCACUCCCCGCACCCAAUUGCGUUCUUCAAACUCCAGACGACUACAACAUGAAAGCCCAGCGAGAGCCUACUACCGCCAACUACACACCACGCCUUCACUCCGCAAAGGCAUCACCCCCCACUCUUCCAACCCCACUCCUCCCAAUCCCGAGUCGUCAAAUUCAAAUAUCGCCGGUGGAGCGAACCAUGUCACACAGCCAACACCGUUGACAGAGGAGCAGUACCGUGAAUAUGUGGAGGAUUAUUUUAACGUGCUCCUGACGAAAGUGGAGCAAAUGCAGGAAAACGGGUCCGAUGUUGAGGCGGAGUAUAGCGGCCGGCGUACUCAACAUCACUGUCCCCAGACGCUGGCGUCUACGUGCUUAACAAGCAACCCUCCCAACAAACAAAUAUGGCUCAGCUCGCCCGUCUCAGGGCCCAAACGCUACGAUUGGGUUGACCAGGGAGACCACAUGGAUGAGAAGGAAGGCACACGCGAGUUCAUCAAGGGCCAGUGGAUAUAUCUGCGCGACGGCUCGAAUUUGACCACCCUGCUGAACAAGGAGCUUGGUCUAAGCAUGGAGUAUGAUAUCUAUGGGGAGAAGGAGGUUUAG